AUGAAUAACCGUUUCCCUCCCCCCCUGUGGGGCCCGCCUCUCUCUCUUUUUUCCCGGGGCGCGCGCAGAGAGCACUGGGUAAUGGUUCCCUCUCAUUCUCUCUCUAGCUAUUUCCCAUUUUAUCCCUGCGUUUCUUCAUCAUCUCGUUCCGAGAUCUUCUCCUUCCUGCUUUCCGGUUCUCUCUCUUCUCCACGACGCACGCCUCGAUUUGUAGCAGAGAGGAUACCGUCACUGUCUCUCUCUUUCUCUAUCUAUCUAUCUGUCUAUGUUUUUCGGUUUGUUUUUUCUCCCGAGCUAUGAAAUGGUAAAGAGGCUGAAGAUCUUCGUGGUAAGAUCUAUGUUGUCUUCUUGUUCUUUGUCCUCUCUUCUGCAUUGCAUUUCCCUCUGUUUCAUUCUUCGUCUGGGCAGAUGUUCGUCCCGCGUUUACAGACCGAUCAACGAAUGGGUGUCUUUCUUGUCUGGACCCUGCGCCGAUCGGUUUCAGAGUCCCUUUGUCCGUUCUGUUUAUUAGGUGACACGAUGUCUAGUUUGCUUUUCAUUUUUUGCUCAAGGAUGGUCAGGAAAACGAGAAUUGCGAUUUAAUUUCUUCUCUUUUGUUUUGAAUUGUUCGUACUCAUGUUUUUGGCGUACCAUUCGGCUGGAAAGGGGUGGCCGUGACAGCAACCGGGUUUCUAUUGCUCUUGCAGAUGUAUUGAAGUUUCUGGUCUCCUGUUAGGAGAGUUUCGCCGUCUGUAAAAUUUGAUUGCGCCUAGCUGUUCGCACUGGGAUUCAGUGUCAAUGGGCGUUAAGAUCCCGAGUGUGGAGAUCUUGGUGAAUCGGAUUUUCAAUCAUUGGUUAUUAUUGUUGAAACAAAAUUUGUUGCCUGCUCAAAUGAUUUGUAAAGGAUUCUGUCGCCCUACUAAUUUUUGUCUUAUCAAUUAGCCAUCGCGCAUUCUUGCACUGCUGUGAUGAUUAUUCAGUCUUCAUGAUCACUGAAAUACUUCCUUGUGUGUAUCGUCUCUCUGACAAUUUCACUGCGAAAUUCAGGUUUGACUGUAACCCAACAGCGGUUUUUGAGCUUCUUCCUCCUUCCACUAUGGAUGAGCUAACCUGAAGAAGCAUCCCCGAACCACAGUGA